AUGAUAUCUAGAGAUCUCUACUACCUCAAUAACACUUUUAAUAUUCUAAAAAAAUAUGAGACAAUCAAAGGACAGAACAAGAUUCCGAGGAUUUCUCCACAGCAAUUCAAGAAAGAAUCCUGGAGCACUCCUGGCGUCAAGGGUUUACAAAUAUAUAUACCUGCUCCUCUAGAAAAGUUCCUUAUUAUGUACAGGAUGUUAGUAUACUCGGGCUUCAUCACGGCCUGGAGCUGCCUCUGA